AUGGUAGAAAGAAAAUUAAAAGCUAGAUUUUUUGAUGAAAGCAACUUUAUUUAACUAUUCUUAAGAGGAUAUGAAACUUAAACCAUCUUUUUCGGGAAAGAAUAUGAGUUCGAAGAAACAGAGACUACAGUUUUAGAUGUCAAAACUGAGAUUCAUGAGAGACUUCGAAUACCCUUAGAUAAAUUUUUGUUGCUUUAUCAGAAUUAAGUGCUUGAUGGGGAAAAUGAAAAUAAAACUCUCAGAUAAUGUGGAAUAAGUGAUAAUAGUACAAUUUAUAUGUGCUUAAAAUUGUUGGGUGGGGCUAGACUUAGUUUUUACAUCAUUCUACUCAAUGAUGAAAUAAAGCAAGUUUACAUAGAUUCAAAACUUAAGGUAGCUGAACUUAAAACUAAAAUAGCUUAAUCUAAAAAGGUCCCAGAAUUGAGAAGAGCUAAACUAACAAUUGAAGAUAUAGAAUUAGAUGAUAAUUUGACAUUUGAGCAACUAGGCAUAUAAGAUGACAGCGUGAUAGCUUAUGAAGAAGUAACUUUAUUCGAUGUUGAUGGAGUUUCUGUAUCAUUCGCACCAGAUAUGAUAAGCUAUGAUGAUAGUCAGGAAGCCCGAGCGGAAAUGCCAUGUGGGCAUUUCAUUUCAAAGGAUUCUAUGGCUUCAUACUUGAUUAGCGAAGCAAUGGAUUCUAAACUAUCAAUACAUUGCCCAGGUGUAGAUAUGCAAAACAAAAAGUGUGGAGCAGAAUGGGAUAUUAAUCUUUGCAAAAAAAUAGCAAUGCUCACUCGAGAAGAAAACGACAAGCUUGAAGCUACUAUGGCUAAAACCUUAUUCUAUUAAUAAAUAGAUGGAAGGGAGUGUCCGUUUUGCAAAACAUUCUAUAUAAGGUAAAAAGGUAGCAAGAACAUCAGAAUGAACUGCCCUGUUUGCAAAAGUAAAGGUAAGAGUUCAGAGUUUUGCUAUCUAUGCCUGCGAAAGUGGUAGAAAAAAGAAGGAGUAGGAGAGGGAUAUUGUGGGCAUGAUCAGUGUUCAGGCUCAUUUAAAGAAGUAUCAAUCUUAUAAGUCUGUGGAGUAAUAAAUAUUUAAGGAGUUGGUUAGGUGCCAAGCAUUCGUGCUUGCACUGUGUGCUUUGCUUUGAUUGAGCACAACCAAGGCUGCAAACAUAUGACUUGCAAAAACAAACAUGAAUUUUGUUUUAUUUGUCUAAAUCCAUGGAGAGGUCAUAAUAAUAGUACUUGUGCGGUAGCACCUAGAUAAGUCUUAUAACAGUGA